AAUUUUUUCUUUUACAGAAGUUCAUCGUUAUACCACAUCCCUCUUAACACUUUGCAUUCCUUUGCAUCCAAUACCCUUUGUAUUCUAUAAUCACCACAUAGACUCAGACUGCGGGAUAUGCCAACAUUCCAAUCGCUUUUGCGAAUGGUUGGUUCCAUGCAGUUUGUCCAGGAGGUGUCUUCUUCAGAUGGGAGACGAUCAAAACCGUCAUCUCAGGCUUUUCUCGGUAACCACUUAGACUCACUAUCCAACAUAGACGGCAGUGCCAACAACUCAAAUCGAAAAUCAUCUUAUAAUCAUGUAUCAGAAAAUUUAUCAACACCCAUCAUAACGCUAGACACUACCAGCCAUCACCAAGACGCUUCUUUUGCAACCUCCGCUUCCAACCACGGCUCGUCUCUCACAUCAUACAAUGAGAGCUCGAUCUCGAGAGUUUCGUCAUUUCCAUUUUUCCCGCUUCGAUCAUCAGCAUACCCCUAUUCCAACUACUUGGGACCCGACUACCAAACCGAGAGACCUCGCUCAACCGUGGAUCAGUCCUCGUCUCGACGGUAUUCCAAGUCCAAUGAUGAAAGCGAACUAGGGGACGAAUUGGAAUCAGGAGAAUUAAAGCAAAAAUCUCACAAGCUCCUCUGUUUGUGGCCACUGCCAGUCAUUACGCGGUAUAUCAUUACUCUUUCCACCAUUAUAUCGACUUUGAACGCAAUUGGCCUUCUUCAACUCAACAGUUCUGCUCCAAUCUACCUUUUGUAUCGCUAUGAAUAUAUCAGCUUGAUAGCCUCGCCAUUUCUGUUCGAUUUCAACCUACACUCCUUGUUCUUUUUCGCUUGGAAUAUGCUUCUAUUGGGUCUUUUUGAAGAGAGUUUGACCCAUGUACUAGGCGGCACCCUAAUGUUCGUCCGUGUCCUCGCUGGGAUAGCUCCACUGACCUUUAUCUUACGAAAUGUCUUCGGCUAUGUGUUUUCCAAGUCUACCGGCUUUGCCCUUCCCAUUUUAUUUUUUAGUGAUUCUCUCCAUGAAUCCAAUUCUGGCUUUCUACCUUUCUUAUUUUCUCUGUUGGUUGUUCAGUCUUUGAGCAUCAACGAUAAAUACAUCUUGUUAUACGGUAGUGACAAGGUCAACUGCAAGUACACCGUUCGUAAGGUGGUUUUGCAGCUGUCGAUGUGUCUCGUCAAUUUCACGACCAGAAAUGUGUUUUGGUGGUCAUUCACCGGCUUGAUCUCUGGACUUAUAGCGACUUUAUUUGCUCAAUACGCCCUUACCAAACAAGAUUACAUUUACCCUGCGAAGCUCAAGUAUGACGCCAAGGUGAGAUCAAGAAACUUGGACAUCAACCGACGUUUACCAAGGUGGCGUGUACUCUUGGACACAUUCAUCAAAGGUGCUAGCGUCUUUGUCGUUACGUUCCUUGCCCUCUUAUUGUGCAACUCUUACUAUAAGCGUGCCGAAUAUGUCAAGCCGGCGGAUUUCGCCGCCAUAUCGGAAAAGCCAAAUCUCAUCACCUUCGUCACCAUGACUGCCCCGAGACGUGGAGAUCCGGACUACCUGUCGCAAACUUUACAUUCUUACCUUGCUAAUUGGCCUCCAAUUCCGACUGAAGGGUCCCUCUAUUCUCGACUUAAAAUCAUGGUGUAUACCAACUUUGCUCAGCACGAACAGUAUGAUCGGGUUAGACAAAGUUAUGCGCGCGAUGUUCGUGGGCAACAGUACCUAGAGUGGUUCAAAGGCAACGGCUCCGAUCUCAACCAACGGCUUCAUGUUUCGCAGGCGCUUGAAUUGGCUGUUAACCAGUUUGAUAGCGCCUACGUCUGUUUGACGGAAGAUGACUUCCCUAUCUGUGGACGAAGAGAAUGGCAAGAACUCCUGAAUGUGGUGUACAAGGCAAAUGUCGAAUACCCCAAUCAUUGUGGAGUAUUUGUAGGCACCGGUGGAAGCGGUCUGAUCAUGAAGCCCAAUAUUGCGCAAAAGGCCUCCAAGCUUUUACUGCAGUACACUGAUGUACCACCAGAUAUCAUUCUCCAAAAAUGCCUCUUGGGUGAACUUCCUGAAUGUCAAGAAUGUACGAAUACCUUAAUAUCGAGUAAGCGACUGCUCAUGCAUCAUAUUGGAUACAAUACUUCCACUAGCGAUGAGCGCUCUUAUAACAAAAAUGAGUUUCAAUGCGGCUGGAGACAUCCAUUUAAUGGAAAUCCCAGCGUCACUGUAUUGUAAUAGAUCUCUUUCACUUGUACAUUGCAAAUUGUAAUUUUAUUAUCGCUUAAUUGUUUAAAAAAAAAAAAAGUAUUAUGAAGUGAAAUGAAGAGAACCGGG